AUGCGGUCAUUGUCCGUCUUGCUGAUGUUGGCGCUCUUCGUGGCCACCAUUUACUCGGCUGCCGUCCCGCUGGGCCUUCGACCCGCUCGUGAACACGCUGAUGGCACCGCAUCUGUACUACCGACAGCAGAGCCUACGUCUUCAGAGCCGACCCCAACCACCACGGUGGCUACGGUAGAAAAAGCGGAAAAUGAGGCAUCGACUGUCGCUGGAGUCGUCAUCCUGAAGCGGAAGAAGGGUGGCAAAGGGCAGAAGGCCGAGUUCAAGCAGCUACCAAUUACAGCUCCACCCAAGGAGCCGGUUGUUAGGAAAAGCUUGAAGCUACCCACCUCCAAAAAUUACGGGCUACAAACCGGUGUCCAAACGCACCUUGUCGAUUCUAACGGAAAAAUCCUGCGCAACGUGAGUGCGAUCCCGAUCCGCGUCGCCUCGAAGAAGCCCUCGACACCCAAGCCAAGUGCGACAAUCUCGCAGGUGGAGAGCGAGGCGGCCGCACCGGUGGCCGUCCACUUUGGGGCUGCGCCGAUUUCGCUACUU